AUGCCUACAUUCUUACAUUCAUUAUUCUGGUUGAUGUUGAUAGCUGUAGCAUUUUUUGCGACUGUUCACAUAAGUUUGAAUUCGUUAAAUCGAUAUGAAACAAGCAGUACCGUUGUCACAAUUGAGCGCGACCAUUACUAUUGGAAUACAUCCUUGCCAAGCUUUACCAUUUGCCCCGUUAAGAGUCGAAUUGACGAAGAGCUCUUUGACCAAUACUGCGAGCAAAAUCAUAUAACUGGAACGGCGAAGGACGAGUUUUACGAGUUUAUCGAAUCGCUGGCAAAUGCAUCUUAUGAAUCGUUUGACCUAAUUCAGCACUACAAUAGUGUCGAUAGAUUGAAUAUCCAACCUGAAAAUUACAUGAUGUUAAUCUACAAUUUAACAAAAGAUCAAUUGCGUGGCGACGAUCCAAAUAUAAAGGCAGUACUAAAUGCAGAUUUCAUUCGAUGUGAACAAGUUCUGACCGAAAAUGGAAUCUGUUACGUUUCAAACAACUUUUUGGCAGCAAAUUUAUCCGCGAUGUAUAUUCUAACUGGUAUGCAUCCAAGGCCACUAAAAACCAUGACAUUUUAUCAGCAUUUUGAGCUAAUUGAUGUCAUUGCUGGAAAUUUGUUUGACGGUGAUAAAAGUUAUUCUAUGUCUGGCUUCCCUGACGAUGCCAUAGUCAGUUAA